AUGGUUGUUAAAAACUCCUACUCUGAAAAUAGUUGUUUUUUUGCUAAGUUCCCCCAAAGUGGUAAAGUAUUUAAAAAUAGGUCUUUUGGAAAUGUGUGGGAGGAAAAUGUUGUGCCAACCAGUAAACGCAAGCAUCCGCAUCAGAAACCAAAAGAACUAAUAAAAGCCUUAAUUUCUGCUACUACUAAUGAGGGUGAUUUAAUAAUUGACCCUUGUGCGGGUUCUUUUGUGGUGUUGGAAGUUUGUCAAGAGUUAGAUAGGAAAUUUCUAGGUUGUGAUUUAACUUUUAAAGAACUGAUAAAGUUUAAAGAGAACAGAAUUUAG